UAGACUUUGAUCAAGAGGAUCAAAAAUGAUUACAAAGAUAUAGACUAUUGGUAGUAACAUUUACAUGUGGGUUCCGAAUGGUAGAGAUUGAGAAUCUUCCACUUCCGAAUGCGGGAAGACGAGGACAGCAAUCGGCUCGAGAUAAAGACAGGCAUUAACCACAAGUUCCAGUUCGCCGAGAUGCGCGAGGCUAGACUGGUUGCAUCCUCAAAUGGCUGUUCUAUGCUGAGGCUGACCUUUACCGAAAUGUCAAGAGAGAACUCCGAAGCAGGGCAAGUCGCUCAUCUGUAGUAUAGAAAGAUCCCCAAUGCAUGGUAAGGCCGAGGGAUUGGGGAAUGAGUACCUUGUCCGUGGGGGUCAUGGGGGGCAAUGCUAGUCAGCCAAAAGAACACGACUUACAGGCAGAAACCAAAUAAACAUAAAACUUGUGCGGUGAGUAAUGACACCGCCAUGGAGUUAAGCUUAGUUCAAGUUGUGGGGUUAAUUUCAUCCCGUCGAAACGGUUCUCCGUGUGUGAAUGUGGAAACUGCGGAUUCUCUCACCAAAGACACGGAGCGCACGGGGUGUGAAUGAACCUACAGCCCGCAUAUAAAGCGUUGGAAGCCUUUAUAAGGUGUGCUCUUUGCAAAUAGCCCAAGGUGAUGCUGCAAUGAUGCUUUGAUGACGGCGAGCUUACCUGCUGACUUCACGCCUGGUUACUGCGGUACCUGGUAGAGGCAUCUGGACAUGAUCAUUGUUCAGCGUGGAGGCUGCUGGGAGAGUGGAUAGGUGGCUGAGAAGCCGGAGUCCGGGUGUGCCCGAUUGGCCGAAACAGAAAUUUAGUAUGACGUGAAGGUAGUCAAACGGUUGGGGUUGGACUCUUCGUCAAACUUCCACCAAACACCGCAUGGUUAUAUGCGCGAUAAGACGCGUCUCUGGCUGACACGAAGAGCGUAAUGAUGUGUGCUGGGGAGAACACGGGCCAGAUGCUAGGUGUACGAUAAGCUGGAGCGGACAGCCUUGUGUAUGCUGUGGAC